UCUCCAGAUCACAACAAACCGCAGGUCUGCAGGCUGAAGUUCACCACAUUACUCAAAUUCUGGCAUAAGAGGAAAUAUUCCAAAUCUAAGUUAGUAAAUACACAAGUGUAUGGUUUGCAACAACUGAAUAAACGUCAAACAGUUUGAAUUGGUAUGCUAACGUUAGUUCUUCCGUCCAUGCUGUCAUUAGUAGCCUACUAGUACUCAUCCCUGCUGUUAUCCUCAAUGGCCACCUCUGUAGAUGCGUGGUCUGUCUGUUCAAACAUCGUUCUGUGUGCCAUUGCCUUGUUCUCCUCUCAUCAGCUCUUCAAGGACCACAGAGCGCCAUCCGUAGCUUUCUUUCUCCUUGGGUUCUCUGCAAUACAAUGUACCCUGAGUCCAUUCUGCGUGCAUCUGGCCUACCUCCAACACGAGAUGGAGUGGGCCAGUGAGAUUCUGGUGUCCUCCCUGAUUGCUUUUGACUUCUUAUGGCUCAGCGAAGACUGCAACACGGCUCACAUUCUGUUGUGUGGCUCCUGUCUUUUCCUCGGACUCAGUGAUUGUCUGUCAGCAGAUACACUCAAUUUGAUGACUCACUGCCUGGGCCUCUCGUCACUUUCCUGCAGUAUGACUGUGUGUCUGUUUUCUAGUAAUGGGUGGGGGACCAUUGGCAGUUUGGCCCUCAGCCUCCCCUCGCUGGUGGGCCUCAGGGUUGGAGUCCAGUUUCUGAGUCCUCUCCUCUCCCCAGUGGCCAGUGAGGGACUGGUUAAGUUGAUUUUAAAAGGAUCAUUAUCGUUAGGGUGCUGGGCCACCAGGCGAGGCCUAGACCAUUUCCUGCUGGAGGUGAGGAUCUGGGACUGACUUGGAAUCAUCUGAUAAAUCCACACAAUCUAUCAUCACUGUUACCUGGAGAUUACAUGCUUACAUGUUUAGAGCUCCAAGGAACCAAAGUUAACAUUUCUGAUUUGUCUAACUUUUAUGUAACUAACUUGUAAGUAUCUCAGGGUCGGAAAGCUCACAUUUCCCCCCAAAACCAAAUAUCCCCAGUACAGUAGGACUGGAUGUCAGCUAUUCUGUCACCAGAGGAGUUUAUGAAAAGAAGUGUUGCAUCUCGAAGAAGUGCAAUACACUUUAUGCCAUUUACGUUUACAUUACACUUUAACAACUUCACAACUGUUGCAGAUAACUUUAUGCCAAAAGAGGAUUCUGGUCGCAUACUACAUACUCCUUUAUGUAUACGUGUUCUGUUUGACUUGGUAUGUUUGCCAUGGUAUGAUUUGAGAAGUCACUUUAGCGGCAGAUGGCCACUGACAAACUCAAUAAAGCUGUUUCUCUUGAUGUUGGUUUCUUUCCCAAUGUCAAUACAGUCAGAAUGACGCCACAGCGGCUGUAACUAAUUUGGUAACUCUCAGGUUCAAAUACAAUAUAUAUUUAUAUUCAUCCUUGCAUUUCAGUUGAGAAAACACAGAUCUUGGGGAUCAGUUCUGUACCUGCCUCCCUCACUACACUACAGUAUACAAGCGCCCAUAUCUCAAUGCCCAUCUCUGAACAGCAACAUACACAAACCUAAGCACUUGGCUAACUCUCCGUAAUGUAAGUUUUGCAGUUAUUCAUUAAAUAAAACAAAAAAUGUAAUGCUAUUUUGUUAACAAAAUAGAUGAAACCUGUCGGUGUCUGUUGAAGCACGAAUGAUGAUCUUUUAAUAAAUGAAUGUCAUUCUUGCAUACAUCUUUGCAGCUUGUGUAAUCAACGCUAUGUAUGUGUCUAUGGCAUUCAAAUGAUCUUGGCCUAAAUCCAUCUUGCUCUUUUGUGUUUUUUGUGCUUAUAAUCAUCUGAUAAAUAAAUAUAUAGCCUUCUGGCUCUAUGUAAUCGGAAGCAGGUUCACCCUCUGACCACAUCUGCUGCUGUUGCUGGGGUUCACUGUUCACUGAGGCUUCACCGCCACUGCAGAGGAACAGGGAUCUGCCACUGAGCAUGCCCAGUGCAAUCUGGAGCCUGUAGAUCCAGUGCACGUGCAGGGGAGGAGGAGGAGAUUAGACCGUGGGGAUCUCUGUUGGAGCUCUGAGGUGGAAGGAUGCACGUUGGAGGCAACAUAGACACACAGGGAUAUGAAGGACACAUUGACGGACUGGUUGAUGUAUUCCUCGGAUAAAUUUGAAGAUAUUUGAAGGGUAACCUUUGUUCGUAGAGAGACGUGCAGGUAGUGGUGAGACUGUCAUUGUUCUGGCUCAGGAGUUUGGUCAUCGACAGCGACUCCGGGACAGCUUGGAGAGAAUGUAUGCCUUCUACUCCCUGUUAGUGUACAUCUUCUACACGGUAUUCAAGAAGGAGGAUGAUGAGGAGGAGGAAGGUGCCUUAGAGGAGCCAGCACAUGUUUCCAUGGAAACAGUCAGUAGGAGGAGAGAUGGCCACGCCCCCAAGAAGAAGAAACAGGCUUGUGCUAGGCUUAGCGAUUCCAGCAGCGACAGCGAUCGGCUGUCUCCAAGUGAAGACGAUGAGGAAGCUGCUCUAGACAUCCCAGCAUGCACUCCUCUUGCUGCCUUUAUGUCUUUCAAGCAAGAGUCUGAGAAGAGGAGGGUGUCACAAGUGCAAGUAGACACAACAGCGAAGAUGGCAGAGUCUCCCCUUGUGGCGGUCAUGUCCCACCUGAUGAGCUUCCUGGAGCAGUACUCCCACUUCCAGCAGCUCCAGCAGCAGGUGGACCAGUACCGGGUUCAGCUGAAGAGGCACCGGGUCCAUCACCGCCGGCAGAUGAAGGUUCUGCGCGCCUCCUACCGCGAGCGCCUCAACGACAAGAACAGCAUCAUCUGUAGCCUGGAGGAGGCCGUCAGCCAGCCGCACACACUAAGCCCCCUGACCCCCUCGGAGGAUGAGAGCAGCAUUUCUUCAGGUGGUCUUGCGGGGGUCCAAAGCCUGGUGGAGUCUCUGUAUGGGCUCCAGGGGGAGAGGAGCAGGCUGAGGGGAGAGCUGCGUCUGAUGCACUCCCAGCUGGAGGACAAGGAGCAGGACAGGAACUCACACAUCCUGGCCUUCCAGCAGCAGAUUGACGAUCUGAAGGGCGGUAUUGAGGAGCGUGAAGAAGAGCUGUCCAGGCUGAGAGCUGCCUCAGGGGCCACCGACUCUGAGAAGAGAGUGCUGUGUCUCUCGGUGGAAAACGACAGUCUGAAGCAGAGCCUGAGUGUGACGCAAGGCCUCCUGCAGCAGCUGUCUGCCAUCCCCUCCCAGUCCAGCAACAUGCUCCUGAAGGAGAACGAGAGCCUGCGCGUCCGCAUCCAGCAGCUGGAGACCAGCCUGCAGGAGCGGGCAGAGCAGCUCUCCCACCUGGAGAGGCAGAGCGAGAAGGGCGAGUGGAGGAGAGGAGAGGAGCUGAGGAAGCGCGAAGAUAGAGUGAGGGAGCUUCAGCUGGAGCUGGACAGAGAGCGAGGCAAGGAGCCUUUGGUUAAGUACGUAACCCAGACGGUUGAGGUGGAGUCCCCCUCCUCGGUGAAGCAGCUGUCCAAGGCCAAGCAGAAGAACAAGCUCCUGUCUGAGAAGCUGUCCAUUCAGGAUCAACGAUGCAAACACUUGGAGGAGCAGAUCCGAAAGUCUGACGAAUACAGCUGUAAUCUGCAGCACAAGAUCGCUGCGUACGAGAGGGAGAUCAGUGCGCUGAGGCAGGAGCUGCUGACAGAGAUCGGCCACCUGGAGGAGAAGAAGGAGGAGGCUGUGAAAGCCGCCUCCUCCUGCUCAACAGAGCACUUCCACAGCCUGCAGGAGCAGUUCUUCAGCCUGCAGAAGCGACUGACCGCCCUCCCCCCAGCCCUGGGCUCCAUGAAGACCGACUACGCAAGCCUCAGGAGCCAGGUCCGCAACUUCUCAGACUUUUAUGGAGCGGCGAUCAGCGAUGCCAAGAAACAGAUCAAUGCAGCGAUCCAUGAGAUGUCCGAAGCCAACAAAGACCUUAUGGAGAAAUACAGGAAGGAAGUGGCGCUGCGUAGGAAGUACCACGAACAACUGGUCGAGCUCAAAGGUAACAUCCGCGUUCUGUGUCGUGUGAAGCCCGUGCUGAAGGAGGACCAGCAGGAGGAGGGCCAGGCGGUGGUGGUCACCACAGACCCCAACAACGAGUCAGCCCUCUCGGUGAUCAACAAGGGAAAGGCUCGCACCUUUGAACUGGACAAGGUCUUCCACCCCCAGGCCACGCAAGAAGAGGUUUUCCAAGAGAUUGGGCCUCUUGUGACCUCCUGCAUCGAUGGCUAUCACGUGUGCAUAUUUGCCUAUGGACAGACAGGCUCUGGGAAGACUUACACCAUGGAGGGCUCAGUUGAGAAUCCUGGCAUCAACCAGCGGGCUCUGAAGCACCUCUUCAAUGAAAUAGAAGAGCGCAAGGACAUGUGGUCUUACACUGUGAACGUCAGCUCUGUGGAGAUCUACAACGAGCUGCUGAGAGAUCUGCUGAGCAAGGAUGGAGAGAAAUUGGACAUCAAGAUCAAUCCUGAUGGAACGGGGCAGCUGCAUGUGCCAGGUCUCAGGGUCACGGAGGUCAAAGGCUUUCAACACAUCAAGAAGGUCUUGGCCAAAGCCCGUCGGAACAGAAUCACCUUUGGAACCAAGAUGAACCAGCACAGCUCGCGCUCCCACGCCCUGCUCUGCAUCACCGUGCACGGCACCGACCUGGCUAACGGCUCCAAAACCACAGGCAAGUUAAACCUUGUGGACCUGGCUGGAUCGGAGAGGGUGUGGAAGUCUGGUGCAGAGGGGGAGAGGCUGAAAGAGGCCCAGAAUAUAAACCGCUCCCUGCUGGCACUUGGGGAUGUGAUCCAGGCUCUGAGAGGCAACCAAACCCACAUCCCUUUCCGGAACUCCCGUCUCACUUAUCUUCUGCAGGACUCCCUUGGGAAAGGCAACAAGACAGCCAUGGUCGUCCAGGUGUCUGCUCUUGAGAGCAAUGUGGGCGAGACCUUGUGCUCGCUCAAGUUUGCCCAGAAGGUGUGUAGGGUGGAACUUGGUCCUGCAGCCAGGAAGAUUGAAUCGGGUGCAGCCCAAUGCGACUAGCAUGUCACCAUUUCCUUCAGGAUGACAAGGGAUGCAAUGCCUUACAAAACAAGCCAGAGAUGAAACAUCAACCCACAGCCAGGCGCUAACAGCUGUGAUGCUGAAAGAACGAUUCAGCUAAAGGGCUAUAACUGUGGAACUGUCUGCAUGACACCAGAAUCACACCUUGAGAUUGGUAGUUUUUGUGUACUAGCUCUAUAUAAUGAUCGAAUCAGCAUGUAUUAUUUCUUCAACUGCGGUGCCAAAACAAUGUUUCUCUCUUUGAAUAAGCUUUUCUUAAACCAAGCUGUGGUUUGCUGCAAUUGAAUCACAAGCAGUGAGGUUGCAAAAGUAUUCCUCACUAACCAGUUAAGUGCUUAUACAGGGAUUCAGAUUGGGAGAAAAUACUCAAUGAGUUAGUAAGGUGCAAACCAUGAAUCAUUCAAAUAUACAGUAUUAGGCUGGCUGUGGAUUUUUUUAUGUUGGAGAUCAUUAAUAGAUCAGUGGGACAUCGUUUCAUAAGACUUGGAUUUGGCCCAUACCCCAGGGCAGACCUCAGCCUGGAGUCCACCAGACACCACUAUAGUAACAUUUAGUUAUCGUUAAACACAUCUUGCGUAUGUGUUUUGUGAGCUUAACUUAUACCACUGUUUUAGAGUAUAGGUGCAUAGAAGGAAUAUGGUUUUCCAUCAACUGAAUUAUGGAAUAUUCUUCUAUGUACAGUGUCAUUUUAGGUCUGGAAGGGCAGACACUCAAUAUGACCUGUUAAGUUAACAUUUCGAAAGUAGUUUGGAAUAGAAUAUAUAGAGACGGGAAAUUGCUGUAUCUUCAAUUACUAUUGGUGCAAUAUUUAUUUUAUGGAUGAGCAAUGUAAUUCAGAGUAGAUAUUGACUGCACUUUAUGGUGAAAUAUUAAUGUGAUUUUUUUUUGCAACAUAGGUGCUUACUGAUACACUAGCGAUAAUCAUACCAAAACAUGUUAGUUUUAAUCCCUUAUAAGUAUCCCAACAUAUCAGCUAUAGCAAAGUCACUCGAUUAAUUUGAGUAGGGAGUAAGAUGUGUUCCUUCAACUACUGCAGAGUUGGAGGAAAUAAAAAAGGUCAAGAAUGUAACGUAUUACAUUCUCAGGCAAUAAAAGAUGUGCAGACUUUCCUGGAAAAUAUAAAACAUUUAGUUUAUCACAUUGACGGUUUACAAACCAAGGGUAGGCGUGCUAGUUCAACAUCCUGCAAACACUACAUGUUGGACCAUCUUCAUCAGCAACCACACAUCAUGACAUUUUAUAGGACGUAGGACAAUAGGACAUAGAAAAGGGUUGUUCCAGUGACCACAGUGAGUCCCUAACACAAGGUGAAUGUGGCUGUAUGGAGGCCGGGUCCCUGCUGUGGCACUAGGUGUCAUGAGUCCAGGUCAGUCUGAAUCUCCUUCUGUCACGCAUACUGCUCCAACGGCAUCCGCCAGUUCUUCCUCACUACCUCGAAGGCGGUCCCCUGGAAAAAAACACACUGUCAAUAAGAUUCCUUCCUAGCCAGAUGGGCAGCAAGGCCGACUGCUGCAGCUAAGCAUGCGUUCUGCAGUGAACCAUAGUUCACGUUUUGGACAGCCAGCAGAAAAUGGCAGACAUUUGAGAUUUAUCAACAUUAUCAUACAGCUUCCGGCCCCGUCAGGUUUUAUAAUCACAAAGCAAUUAGCCUGAAACAAUCAACACCCCCAGACAGGUCUGAGUUCAGAUCCUACCACAAGAGGCUGAAGGUACUCACUGAUGAGCUCUGCGAUGGCCCUCUGUGUUCUCCGCUCCAGUUUCUCCAGCUUCUUCGCCACAUCUCGCUUCAGAUCCCUAAGAAACAGGAUGUAUUAUUUUGUUGAUCCUAAAGGUUUAAAUUGAAUCACUAUAAAAGAGGUAUAGUGAAUACAUAUUGUGAAGCACAAGAAUUAUAUAGAAGAAAAAAAGUAUAAAUACAUCCUAGAAUAAAUUGGAAUACAAUCAGAGCCAUGUUUAAAGGUCAGACCCGCAGCUCUCACCAGUCAGGUUUCCUCGGGGCCAGGUUGGCCAAAUCCUGUAUGAAGACCAAAGAGCAGCAAUAAGUUACAAACUAAGGAAACUGAAUCAAAGAAACAGACUUCACCAGAGAGUACCUACCACUUCUUCGAUGAUGGGCUCUGGGUUAGCGGCCUCAAGUUGUUCUUUUACUUUAUCUUCCACUGAAAAACAUAAAAAAAACAUUAUUUUAAUGCAAGUCGACAAAACUUUACCAAAAGUCCAAUGACACAGAUCAGGUCCGCCUCCUGGCCUGGUGUUUUUACCAGCUCUGGGUGAAGGAGGUUCUCACCUGAAGCAGGCUUGGCUUUGGGGACCUGUCUGUCUUUCAGUUCUUCAUCCUCUGGGGUAUAGUUCCUCAACUUGAUCUCCCUGCGGUGGUGCAGAAAGACAGACCGGGUCUCAGAGGUAAUGACUACUAGUGGGGGCAGUACUAUGAAUACAUCGCAACUGCAGCCCUUUAGCAGUACUUGGACUAUGUAUAUCUUAAUUGGCUCCACUAUUAUAUGUCCACAAGAGAUGUUUAAUAUCAAACACUCCCAAUAGGUGGCAGUGCUGCCUAGUGGUGAAAACAUUUUUUUUUUAUUCUGUUCAAUAUCAGAUGAUUAACCUAACUAUAGGCAACCUAUUGUAAUUGUUAGUUUCAUUAGGGUGCCAAGCACAAAGUGCGAAGGCAACCUAUUGUAAUCGUUAGUGUUUUUAUUAUUAUUAGGGUGCCGAACAAUCAAUUCCCUAAGGAUCCUAGGUUUUUUCACUCGUGUCCUUUAGCACACGUCAUCUAUGGACCAUUCUCUUCAAUCUGACAUAAAGCGAAGUCUGUAUAAUAAAGUUUAAAGUACCCAGGAACCAUUGACUUCUAAUAAGGGUGUGGUUUAAAACGCGUAAAGACUUAAAUGCUGCUAUUUGAGUUCAAUAGAAAACUGAAUAAGAUAAAUUCAACAUAUUUUCAAUUACGGCGUGGCAUCAAAAUGGGCGUGGCCUGUGACUAAAAUCAUCACAGUUAGACGGAAAGUUUGAUU